UUCAUGUUACUGUGCUGCAAUCCUUUCGUAAGCGUCGGCCAAAGCUGAGCUGCAGCUGUUACAAAAGGUGCCUUUCUGGAAGAAACAAAACAGGGACAAUGACGGCCACCGAGCCCACAGUGGCCACUCAGAGACGCACCAAGGCCAGCUCCAAUGGGCUGGGGCAGGCUGAAAAGGUGGAUGCAGGCCAAUGGGGAAGAGCCUGGGAGGUGGACUGGUUCUCCCUCAUCAGUGUGGUCCUCCUCCUCUGCUUGGCCCCAUUCAUAGUUUUCUUCUUUGUCAUGGCCUGUGACCAGUAUGAGUGCUCUGUCACCCAGCCUCUCAUAGACCUGUACAGCGGCAAGGCCACUCUUCUGUCCAUCUGGAACAGGGCCCCUUCCUUCACUUGGGCUGCCGCAAAGAUCUAUGCUAUUUGGGUGUCAUUCCAGGUGGUGCUCUAUAUGUUGAUCCCUGAUGUCACUCACAAAUUCCUGCCUGGAUAUGUUGGUGGGGUUCAGGAUGGAGCUCGCACUCCUGCAGGUCUUAUAAACCAGUACCAGAUCAAUGGCCUGCAGGCUUGGAUCAUCACCCACGCCCUGUGGUUUGUCAAUGCCUAUCACUUUCAUUGGUUCUCCCCAACCAUCAUCUUUGAUAACUGGACCCCUCUGCUGUGGUGCACUAAUAUCCUUGGGUAUGCUGUGUCUACAUUUGUGUUUUUGAAGGCCUACUUCUUCCCCACCAAUCCAGAAGACUGUAAAUUCACUGGGAAUUUCUUCUACAACUAUAUGAUGGGAAUUGAGUUCAAUCCCCGCAUUGGAAAGUGGUUUGACUUCAAGCUCUUCUUCAAUGGGAGACCUGGAAUUGUGGCCUGGACACUCAUUAACUUAUCUUUUGCUGCAAAGCAGCAGGAGCUCUAUGGUCAAGUGACAAACUCCAUGAUCCUCGUCAAUGUGCUCCAGGCAUUAUAUGUCCUGGAUUUCUUCUGGAACGAGGCCUGGUACCUGAAGACCAUCGACAUCUGCCAUGACCACUUUGGCUGGUACCUGGGCUGGGGAGACUGUGUGUGGCUCCCCUUCCUCUACACACUGCAGGGCCUGUACCUGGUCUAUCACCCAGUCCAGCUGUCCACUGCCAAUGCCGCGGGAGUCCUCCUCCUGGGGCUGGUGGGCUACUACGUGUUCCGCAUGACCAACCAUCAGAAGGACCUCUUCCGGCGCACUGGGGGCAACUGCAAAAUCUGGGGCCGCAAGCCGGCCUACAUUGAGUGCGCCUACACCUCGACGGAUGGCCAGACGCACCACAGCAAGCUGCUGAUCUCGGGCUUCUGGGGCGUCGCACGCCAUCUCAACUACACAGGUGACCUGAUGGGAUCGCUGGCCUACUGCAUGGCGUGCGGGGCCGGCCACCUGCUGCCCUACUUCUACAUCAUUUACAUGACCAUCCUGCUGGUGCACAGGUGUAUCCGAGAUGAGCACCGCUGCCACAGCAAGUACGACAAGGACUGGACACGCUACACCAAUGCAGUGCCGUACCGCCUGCUGCCUGGGCUCUUCUAGAUUGAGUCAGGGCUCAGCUUGGCUAACGCAUAACAUUCUGGCAAUGCUGCUGAAACGGUGCAGCAGCGUGAUGUUGUUGUGAAGUCACAGGGACGAACCUGGACUAUGGGUUAGCUGGGGGAGGGGUAUUGUUUUGCGCUGAUGUUUCAUCUAUGUUGAGACUUCAUGGGAAUGUAUGUGUGUGUGCGUGUGUGUGUGCAUGCGUGUGUGUUUGGGCUCAGGCUCUCAGAUAUUGGGGGAGGAGGGAGAGGAGGUGUAAUCCUGCAUUUUUUCCCGCUGCUCAGAAUUGUAAAGGUGUUCCAGAGUGUGGCACAUAUUCCAUAUACCAGACUUAAAGUUCUAGAGUCAUUUUGCAACCUAGAGACAUUGUAUACAUGUUUGUAUGUCUAGAUUUGUGUGUCUGUGUUAAUGUGUGUUUCAUUCCAUAUCAAUCCUCAUGACAAAGCACUAAAACACUGGAGGUAAAGAAGAGGAGGGUGGAGAAUGCACAAUAGUCAACAACACCCUCUAUGACUGUCACAAUGAAAGCUCUCAGCUACUCUGAAAAUCAAAACUUCUCUAGUGAGAAACAACAAUCAUUCCAUGAUUUUAAUGAAAUUGUGAAGAAUGCAACAAUUUAUUCGGAAACAUGAAAUCAUAAGCUUUAUGAGCAACUUAGUACAAUGCCUACUGCCACAUGAUAUUAGAGCUGAUCACUGCUUACACACUGUAUACUUCUUCCAUAUUUUAAGACCAAGCUACUGUUCUGAAGUAGUCUGUUUUUAAGGUUACUAUAUCAGGUGCUUCUUAAUACUGACUUUCUACUCCCCUUUCUACUCAUAAAUAGUCACGCUGUAUGUUCAUCCUUUUAUACUAGUACAGUGCUUACCAGAACUGCAGGGUUUGUAAAAGAAGAGUGUUGGCCAUAAAGAAGCCGUUGGCUGGAGGAAACUUAUUUAUGUGCUGCAUCUUUUGAGUGAUGGGUUUCCCUGAGCUGUAGGUGGUUAAAAGCCAUGAAUCCAGGGCUUUAUUACCUGUGGUGGUUGGAAUGGAAGUUAUGCAAUGGUCCUGCAUGCCUGUCUGACUGUGAAUAGAGUAACUAAAAAAGUUGUGGGCAGAUUUGGCAAAAUUGGUGAAAUUUUUGCAUAUGAUGUGGGACAAACAAAAUAAAUUUUGGGCUGAUAAACUCCUGAUUUUGUUCUCAUUUUAUUAUGCCUGAUUUUGUUCUCAUACUAAU